UCGGGGGGAAACAGUCUCAGGCAAAUUGACAUGGGGGCGAUUUUCCUAUGAACGCUCAAGUGGUAAAAUAGCGCCCCCAUUCGACAAAGUUGCUCAGUGGUUCAAUAUGUCUGCGUCCACAAACUCAUGAUUGUGCGAUUCUUUUAUUGUGCAAGUAGCAGAACCUGGAAGUUUGCAAGAUUUCCAAGAUCCAUUUAGUAUUAUUUUAUAGCUGUGGACAACACUGUCAUUGUACAGUCAGUAACUUGACCGUCUUACGGCACCCACCAUGGUCCGACUGACCAAUCUCCUGCUGAUGGCCCGCCAGGCGGGAGAGAAACCAAGCUGGCAGAGGAUCAACCGACACUACCGCUAUGUCAUGUCCAGGCCCUGGACCAUCCAGGCCCAGUUGGCCAACCUGCCAGGGCGGGAUCGCAACAAGGUGCAGGUGGAGCCCAUCCGGAACUGGAAGUAUUUCAAGGGAGACCUGGUGGAGGUACUGAAGGGUAAAGAUACAGGCAAGCAAGGGAUCAUCAGUGACAUCAUACGGCAGAGGAACUGGGUAGUCGUAAAAGGACUCAAUUGUCACUACCGGUAUAUUGGCAGAAUGCCAGGCUAUGAUGGAACUUACGUGGUGAGUGAGGCACCGCUGAAUGUCCAUGAUGUCGCCUUGGUCGAUCCAUCAGACAACCAACCUGCUGACGUGGACUUUCGCUUUACUGAAGCCGGUGAUAAAGUGAGAGUGUCCAAGCGAACCGGGCGAAUCAUUCCCAUCCCCCAAACGGACGAGCACAAAGACUUCAAGACCCGGGAAAGCUACAUCGAGCAACCGAAGGAUACCGUGGCUGAAGACGUGUGCAAAAAGACGUACACACUGUCCUUGAAGACAGUAGAGCAAGAGCUGAUGGAAGCCAACAAUAUCACAGAGACCCGGACACCGGCUAAGACAUACUGGUACUGAUGCGGAGGAUUGCCAUUUAAAUACAGCAUCACAGAAACACAGACACCAGCUGAAAGGUACUGGUAUUGAUGUGAGCGCCUACCAUCUAAAGGCAUCACAGAAAUUCAGAUAUCACUCAUGCAGACCGGUUCUGAUGACGAAAGUGCUGUGCUGAUUUGGCAAUCUAAACACAAAGGCUACAUUUCUACAGGUUCCGAGAAGAUGCUCAGUUCGGUAUUAGAGGCUAGUGAUGUCACUUUCCUGUUAAACUUGCCUCAAGUCUGAUUUCAGUCAAAACCCAUAUGAACAGGCAUAUUGCCAUCACACUUAAUUAUGUAACACUCGCGCAAAAGUGAGCAGACUUGAACCAAGUCAGACAUUGUAUAUUAUUUGUAUCACGUGAUACGUACACAAUGCAGAAUGUAAAAAUUUAAGUUGACUCUAGCUUCAUUGUUGUAAGUGAUGACUUCGGCAUGGCCAACUUGAAAUAAAGUUUUGUUGAUUCAGUUGUAAA